AGCGGGCGCUGAGUCAGGCUGCAGCCCCAGCCGGGGGCGGGGUUUGCGCCUGCGCAGUGGAGGGCGUUGGGGCGGGGCAGGUUUAUAUCAGCGGGGCGUCAGCUGACGGUCUGCAUUGCAGACUGCGGAGUCAGGCGGCGCCAUGUACGCUCUCUUCAUCCUGUCCAGCCUGCUGGGCGCUGCUCUAGCGGGCCCCGUCCUUGGCCUGAAAGAAUGCACCAGAGGCUCGGCAGUGUGGUGCCAGAACGUGAAGACGGCAGCCGACUGUGGGGCGGUGAGGCACUGCCUGCAGACGGUCUGGAGCAAGCCGACGGUGAAAUCCCUUCCAUGCGAUAUAUGCAAAGAUGUUAUCACCGCAGCUGGCGACAUGCUGAAGGACAAUGCCACCGAGGAGGAGAUCCUCGUGUACUUGGAGAAGACCUGUGACUGGCUUCCCAGCCAGAACGCGACUGCCUUGUGCAAGGAGAUAGUCGACUCCUACCUCCCUGUCAUCCUGGACAUGAUUAAAGGAGAGAUGAGCCGUCCUGGGGAGGUGUGCUCCGCUCUCAACCUCUGCGAGUCUCUCCAGAAGCACUUGGCAGAGCUGAAUCACCAGAAGCAGCUCGAGUCCAAUAAGAUCCCGGAACUGGACGUGACUGAGGUGGUGGCUCCCUUCAUGGCCAACAUCCCUCUCCUCCUGUACCCUCAGGAUGGCCCCCGCAGCAAGCCCCAGCCAAAGGCUGAUGGGGAUGUUUGCCAGGACUGCAUUCAGAUGGUGACCGACAUCCAGAAUGCUGUAAGGACCAACUCCACCUUCGUUGAGGCCUUGGUGGAGCACGCCAAGGAGCAGUGUGACCGCCUGGGGCCUGGCAUAGCCGACAUGUGCAAGAGCUAUAUCAACCAGUAUUCUGAAAUUGCUGUCCAAAUGAUGAUGCACAUGCAGGAUCAGCAACCCAAGGAGAUUUGUGGGCUGGUUGGGUUCUGUGACGAGGUGAAGGAAAUGCCCAUGCAGACUCUGAUCCCUGCCAAAGUGGCCGCCGAGAACAUCAUCCCUGCCCUGGAACUGGUGGAGCCCGUUAAGAAAGACCUGGUCCAGAUGAAGGCUGACGUAUACUGUGAGGUGUGUGAGUUCGUGGUGAAGGAGGUGGUCAAGCUGAUCGACAACAACAAGACUGAGGAAGAAAUACUCGAAGCUUUGGAUAAGGUAUGCUUGAAGUUGCCCAGGUCCUGGUCGCAGGAGUGCCAGGAGGUGGUGGACUCAUACGGCAGCUCCAUCCUGAACAUCUUGCAUGAGGCCAGCCCUGAGCUGGUGUGCAGCUUGCUCCACCUCUGCUCCCGCACAGAGCGGCCCGCACUGACUGUACAAGUGAUUCCAGUGAAUGACGGUGGCUUCUGUGAGGUGUGCAAGAAACUGGUUAGCUAUUUGGAUCACAAUCUGGAGAAAAACAGCACCAAGCAAGAGAUCCUGGAUGCUCUCGAGAAAGGCUGCAGCUUCCUGCCUGACCCUUAUGAGAAGCAGUGUGAUCAGUUUGUGACUGAGUAUGAGCCUGUGCUGCUAGAGGUCCUGGUGGAGGUGAUGGAGCCUUCCUUCGUGUGCUUGAAAAUUGGAGCCUGCCCCUCAGCCCGUAAGCCCCUUUUGGGAACUGAAAAGUGUGUCUGGGGCCCAGGCUACUGGUGCCAGAACGCAGAGACAGCAGCCCAGUGCAACGCUGUUGAACAUUGCAAACGUCACGUAUGGAACUAGAAGGAACAUUGCAUCUUGCAGAAACUGCAUCUUUUCCUACUUGUGUGUCUGGGGGAGUGAAUGCACAGAUCUACUUGACUUUGUUAUGAAAAUAGGACCCCCCCCGCCCCGCCUCCCCAUCUCUACCCCCUCAUUGUAGCAUUGCUGUCCGUGUGGGAGGCAGCCCCUGCUGACAUAGCUGCUUCAGUGUCCCUUUUCUCUUUGCUCGGCGGAUGACGACCUGAUGUGCACUGGAGGUCUUGCAUGGCACCUCCUGGAGGAGGAGAAGGGGCUCUUGAUGCUGGCGUGAGUUUCUUGGCAGGAGGCCGUCAUCCUCUCGGCUGGAGUCUUGUUCUGAGGCUGCCUCCUACCCUAAGGAAGGACCCUCUCCCCUUCCUGUGCCUGUCGGCUGCUGUACAAAGCAGCAAAACAAAGGCAGUUUCAUAGGAAAGACUAGAUGCUCAGAAUCAGGCUUUUUAAAUAAUAUAAUUCCCACUGUAAUAGCACAGAUUUUGGAAGCAGCUGCUGGUGGCUCAGGGGACAUUGGUGGGACAGAGGGUUUGCUGUCCCUGGGUCAACCCUUGAUUCAGCUUUCCAGUGUCUUUCCUGGUGAUGCCUUGUCUUGGUUCUGUGGGUUUGGGUGGGAAGGGGGACAUCUGCCUGAAUGUAACCUGCUAGCUUUCCAGGGAGUCCCGUGGGCCUGGCUCGUGUGUGUGAACGUGUAAGCAGUGGUGGCUGCCUUGUGCCCGCUCGUGUCCACCUGGCUGCUGAGGCCCUGCUUCAGCUCUGUACCCCUCCCCCAUCUUAUAGAUGCUCUUUGGACCUUUCAUUUCAAAUAAAUGUAGAUGACAAGCUCCUAAGCCUCUGGCUUCCUGGUAGAGGGCAACAGGCUGAGGGGUCUGCAGGUGUGGGGGUGGAUACUGUCUGGGGUCUUGGCUGCUAUACUUUUCGCUUCCGAAGCUUCUUUUCCACUUCUGGUUGCCGAGAGACCAGCAAAGCCAGCAAGACAUGCAGUUGCUAUUAAAUGGACUUGAUUUUUGUUUGUUUUGCACUGAAGUUUCUCUGAUUUAACAAUAAAGUUCUGUUAACCA